AUGUUCAAGCGACGUGAAGUUGUUGCAGCACGGAGGCAUAUAUACGACAGCCGUAUCGAUGCUGGGCUCUGCCUGCGUAUUCCUCAGCUCGCCGUCGACUAUUUUAUCAAGUAUACUAACUUCACCUUUAACUUCAAGUUCACGAUCAGCAUGUCAGGCGGGGACGCGUUGCUAGAGGCAGAGUUCGAGGCAGGGCUCCUGCAGUCUACCUACAUCACUGGAUAUUGCUCAACCGCGUAUACUGCGGUGCUCAUCUACGACUACUUCCUCACGCUCCCCGACGAAAUCUCCUUAUUCUGGAAUGCGCCUUCCAAGGCACCCAGCGGCACCAUCCUCUUCGCACUCAACCGCUUCGUCGCGCUGGGCCUGAUCAUAACGAACCAUGUCGCAUCAGACCCGGUCACUUACACUUUCGUUGGGUGUAAGUACCCGCUCCUAUUGGAGGAAGCGUUCGUCGUAGCGACAUAUGUUAUCUGGGCUGUGGUAUCGGGCAUUCGUGUGCAUGCUCUCACUCGACGGAAUUGGUUUCUAUCUGUGCCUACAUUCUUGCUAGCCGCCGUCCCGCUUGCUACGAACUUCUAUUUAAUCUCCAGCUUAACGAUCGUGGUGUAUCCGCUCAGCUUCGUUCCCAUAGAAAUCUGCGGGGAUGACUCGACAAUCACUGCUGAGGUCACUGGCAUCACGCUCUGCGACGCGCAAUCAGAGUUAAUCGGCCGCGCCUAUUCCACAGUGCUCCUCCUCAGCCGUUCGUGCAGCCUCGCGUCCGACCUCAUCGUGCUGAUCGUCACGCUGUAUUACGUUUGGCCGAGAUCGUCGGCAGCUCGGUCUUUACUGUCGAAAGGAUCGAUCUCGCAUGCUCUGCUCAAGAAUGGUAUAUCGUACUUCGCAGUGUUGGGGCUCAUCAACGCGUUGGAGAUCAUCUUGUAUCUGACAACAGACGAGAACUUCGUCAACGUCUUCCUGAGCCCCGCCUCGACCCUCGUUGUCGCGCGCUUCCUGCUCGAGAUCCGCGCGGCGGUGUACAGGCCCAACAACACCCUCGUCACGGAAACGCUCGGGACCGACACGGAGUUCACGAGCACGGACGGAGGAGCGGAGUCGCGCAUGUGGCAGUCACUCGAGUUCGCGAAGAAGCUUGAAUCGGCGGGGAACUCGGAGGAUUCGUUCGCGAGCACUGAGGACGAUGAGGCUGAGUACGAGAUGGGGUAUGAUUGA